GUCACUGGAUGUUAGUUUACUGCAGGGGGAGCUAGUGGUGCUAUGGAGGGUAGUAGUGGAUAGAGUGCACCUGGGUCACUUGAGCUCGGUAGUCAAUCACGUGAGGUUGUGGAUGAUGACGGUGAUGAUGAUGCUCAAUGGUGGUUUGCGGCAUGCUAUGGAGAGCCAGCUCUACUUUUCAUCUUUACCUCCAUCUCAAAGGGUCUCCUGCAGCUUCGGUGCCUUCCUCUGCAGGGAAAAGCGAUUGGAUAACAUUCGCAUAAUGACUGAAACGGAAACCCUAACUUGUCACACUGGCAAGCAGCCUAAUGGAGAUGCCCCAACAAACACAUCGGAGGAGCAGUGUGUUUUUGACCACACCUAUAAAGCAAAAACGGGUGCCAGACCACCGGUGGUGGUGGUGUGGAGAAAUGUUAUCCUGAUGUCACUCUUACAUCUCAGUGCUCUUUAUGGACUGACACUAAUUCCCUCUGCAUCACCUUUAACUCUUGUAUGGGCUGCAGCGUGUUACUUCAUUGGUAAUCUUGGGGUGACCGCUGGAGCACACAGGUUAUGGAGCCACAGAUCCUAUAAAGCCUCUUUUUCCCUGCGAGUCUUCCUCAUGCUCUGUCAGUCUGUGGCCUUUCAGAAUGACAUAUACGAGUGGGUGAGAGACCACCGUGUGCACCACAAGUACUCUGAGACGGACGCAGACCCCCACAAUGCAAAGCGGGGAUUUUUCUUCUCCCACGUGGGUUGGCUGCUGACCCGCAAGCAUCCUGACGUCAUUGAAAGGGGAAAAAAACUGGAUCUGUUAGACCUGAAGGCAGACGAAGUGGUCAUGUUUCAGAAAAGGUACUAUAAGCUCUUUGCAUUGACUCUUUGCUUCAUCACGCCCACGGUGGUGCCCUGGUACUUCUGGGGUGAGUCCUUGAAGGUGGCGUACUUCGUGUCUGCGCUCCUGAGAUUAGUUUUAUCGCUCAAUAGCACCUGGCUGGUCAACAGUGCUGCACACCUGGGGGACAAGAAGCCUUAUGACAGGAACAUUAACCCCUCGGAAAGCCCACUGGUUGCUUUUGCCGCCGUAGGUGAAGGCUUCCACAACUACCAUCACACAUUUCCUUAUGAUUAUUCUACCAGUGAGCUUGACUACUGGCUCAAUCCCACCACUGCUUUUAUAGAUCUCAUGUGCUGCCUGGGUUUGGCCAAGGACCGCAAGAGGGUGUCAAAGGAAACGAUUGUUGCUCGCAUGAAGCGAACGGGUGACAGCAGCCACAAGAGCGGAUAAAUCACAUGAGACACAAACUCUGUGAUCUUUCUCUCUGAUCCGUAAUUGAUGCCAACAUGUUGAACCAAGACAGAACAUAGAAACAGGGGUAGCAACAUUUCGGUGGUGGGGCAGUGUUUAACGCUUCGGACUGUAUGUUAACCCUUUUCCUGAAACCAAUAUUGUUUUUAAAGAGUUGUACAACUUUCAUUAGAUUCUGUGGCUCUCUUUUAAGUUUUGAAGUGUCCUCACUGACAAUAAUCCCGCCUGCAACUUGGCUACACGUGCAGGCACAGCCCUGUAACCAUAUUAUCAUGAAAAAGGCUAAUGAAUUUAACUCUUUAGCCAGCAGUACAACCGAGCAGGUCUCUAUGAGCAGUGUGUGACUGCAGCAAUUAAACAAUAACACCUCUUAUGCAUUCAUGUUAUAUUUUUUAAUAGUCUACGGCACUUUAUAAGCUUAUUAGUGAGAUUUGCAGGCAAGAUUCAAUCAUCUCUGUUAGCUGAGAGCCUUUUGCUCUAAUUGUCAGCAGUACUUUAUUCAUGUUUGUCUGUUUAAGUUAAGGUUUACCCUAAAUUUUUGGCAAGCCAGUCAUCUUAGUCAACCAUAAGAUAUUGUUUUCAAGUCAAACCCAGGACCAAAACUGUUCCCCUUAAUCCGACCAGAGUAAACUUGGUUGGAUACUGUUCAGAUGUGUUACACUUUGUUUUACUUUUACAGGUAAAGUUUGAGAGUCAAGACAAUACCUUGAGGACAAAAGACUUCUCACCCUUCAUUGGAAAAGAGACAUUUUUUUUUAACUUUUGUUAUUUAUUCAGUCAAAAAGCCAAUGCUUUUUGUUUAUGCCCAAACAUAUUUAGCUUUAAAACCAGAUCCAACCUUGUUACAUCAUGAAUAGUACUGUUUUAAUACUUAGUCACAUUUCUUCUUUUGCACAACAACAACUGGUUGCAUUUACUAAUUGAUGUUUGAAUGCUUUAAAAGAAAAUGCACAUUUUGUCAAAGAUAUGUUUGCCUGCUGUAUGCACA